ACAGCCUCAAGACGCAGCGAUUCAGUCCGGUUUUUGGAGCCCAUGAACGUUGAGCGCGACACGCGGAUUACAGCAAGAGUUGAGUUAUUCUACUACUACUGUAGUUGUUGUUAUUAUUGUUGUUCUUGUCGCCGUUGAAGUUUGUUGUUGCCUUCGGCUGAAAAAAUUCGCAAUUCCCUCCACAAAUAUCCGAGUGCGUCGCACAGUGAGAAAAUUAAAUAGCCGUCGGCUCAUGCACAAAAGUGCAUUAGCUGUGUGAAUUUUAAAGAAUACCAUAUAAAAACAAAAAAAACAGUAAACAGAUGCAGCUCAAUAAAUCUUAUCUAUGAUCAAAAGUGCCCAUAACUGAGAACUGGAAACGAACCUGGCUACUGCUACUCGUCUUAAGGGGCCAAGAGAACUCGGCGUAAUUGAAAUUGAAGCUCUUCGGAGGCGUUAAUAACUGAGACUAGAGCGGAGCAGAGACGUUGGAUAGCAAGAGCAAUGGUGCUAGUGCUGAAUGGUGUGCUGCAGGAUGACUGCCCCAUGGACACGAACAGCCUGUUCCUGCAGCAUCCCGUCUACAGAGAUUAUGCCCAGCAGCUGCACUCCAUACAGGCCAAGUCCGUUGGCCCGGUGGGCCUGCUCUAUGUGGGCCAGCGGGAGAUGGCCGCAGCGGCGCCCCAUGACAAGAAUAUUAACAUCAUUGGGGCCGAUGAUGCCACCACCUGUAUUAUUGUUGUUGUGCGGCAUUCAGGCUCUGGUGCUGUUGCCUUGGCGCAUUUCGAUGGCAGCGGCGUGGAUGAAGCUGUCUGCACCAUGGUAUCACGUGUCCAGGAGCUGGCACUUGGCUAUCCCGAGGGACGCAUCGAAUUGCAGCUAAUUGGCGGCUAUCGGGACUCGCAGGGCUAUGGCGAGGAUGUCUUCUAUAGCAUUAUGCAAUCAUUCCACAAGCAUCAUCUUGAAAUUGACUUGACGCAGGCCUGCGUGGGCGAGCUGAAUACAAUGCUACGUGGCGAGAUCAAUUGCCCGAUUAUUUAUGGCGUUGGCGUCAAUAUUAAGACUGGCGAAAUCUUUCCAGCAUCCUUUCCGGAUCGAGGACCCGAUCGACAGCUGCGCGAUGCACGCAUCUUUAUGGGCUCACAAACGGUGCUGGACAUCUAUGAUUCGACGCUUGGCAUGCUGCGCAUUGGUCCAUUCAAUUAUGAUCCGCUGCGCGGCGCCGAUCUGUGGCUAUCGCAAACAGAUGAAUUUCUGCUGCAGCAUUUGUCCUCCAGCCCAGACGUGGAGCCGCCGCACUUUGCGCCCCAGGUGCGAGCGACCAUACGGUUCAUACAGGAAAAUCAAUUUCCAGCUGUCACCGUCUUCAGGGACAAUCGACCGCGUUACUUUAGGCGCGACGAUGCCACGGGCUGCUGGACUUUGGUUAGAUAUUAAAGGGAUAUAUAUUUUUUAGCAAUUAGUUUGUUACGCAAGAGUAGAAAAAACACCAAGUGGAAAUGGAAAAAAACAACUAUAAACGCGAAAAUAGGAAAAUUAAAAGAGUUUUCCAUCAAUAUAUAAAUAUAUAUACAUAUAUCUGUAAUAGAUCACAUAGCUCUCAAAA